UAGUCCAGCACAGCUAACGCUAGCGUGGUUUGGUAAGGCUAAAUAGCUAGCUAGCUAGCUAGCAUGCAGUUAGCUAUAGCUAACUAAAUGUUUUUUCAGCUUCUGUUAACGUUAUACCUACGUUAAUUCUACCAGCGAAAUCAGCAUCGCUGUCAGAUGAUACUUUGUCGCACUUAAUCCGUUACCAGUUCCUGGCUAUCUAGUUGUAGCCUGGUGUCUACGAUACUGGAUGAAAGAAUGUAGCCAGGUAACGCCAGCAAACCUAGGUAGUCUGUGUACCAAAAAUAGCCAACGACGCUGGGAUAUUAAGGAUUUACAAUGCAGAAUAAGAAGACCAAAGUGGCUUCAAAAGCAAAAGUGGGGAAAGUUGGUUCAAAGAGUAAAGAAGAUGCUCCUCAUGAGCUGGAGAGCCAGUUCAUCCUGCGGCUGCCCGCGGAAUAUGCCUCAACAGUGAGAAGAAUUGCACAGUCUAGCAGCAUGAACAUCAAAGACAGACUCACUAUAGAGCUGCACGCUGAUGGGCGCCAUGGGAUAGUGAGAGUGGACCGUGUCCCUUUAGCUUGCAAGCUGGUUGACCUGCCUUGCAUUCUCGAGUCUCUGAAAACUGUGGACAAAAAAACAUUCUACAAGACUGCAGACAUUUGUCAGAUGUUGGUCUGCACUGUAGAUGGAGACCUCUACCCCCCUUUGGAGGAUCCCACCGGCACAACAGACCCCAAGAGCAAGAAGAAGGAUAAGGACAAAGACAAGAAGUUCAUCUGGAACCAUGGCAUCGCUUGCCCUUUAAAGAACACCAGGAAAAGAAGAUUCAGGAAGACUGCAAAAAAGAAGUACAUUGAGUCCCCCGAUGUGGAGAAGGAGGUGAAGAGGCUGCUGAGCACAGACGCGGAGGCUGUCAGUGUCCGAUGGGAGGUGAUUGCAGAGGAUGAGACCAAGGAGGCAGAUAACCAUGGAUCCCUGGCUAACUUGGACUCCUCCCCCGGGACCUCCGGGCACAAGAUGGGUCACGGGUCCUCAGUCCAACGCGACGAGCUGCGGGAGAUCUUCAACGACAUCAGCAGCAGCAGCGAGGACGAGGAGGACGAAGGGGACCGCCACGAGGACGAGGACCUCAACAUCAUGGACACGGAGGAGGACCUGGAGCGGCAGCUGCAGGAGAAGCUGAACGAGUCGGACGGCGCGAGGGACGAGCGGGACGGGAACAGCCAGAUAGUGAUGGAGUACCAGGUACAGAUCAAUAGCCUGAAGACCAAGCUGCAGGAGACACGCGCCCGCAAGAAACAACAGGAAGACCUGAUCAUGAAGGUUGAAAACCAGGCCCUGAAGAAUCGCUUCCAGGCAUUGCUGAAUGAAAUUAUCCACCAGGAGGAACGUGAGAUGGAGCAGUUGGCCUCCUUGCAAGAACAGUUGGACUCGCUGAUUGAGAAGUGACCAGCAGGGGGCAGCAUAGACAUGGCACAGAAUGGCAGUUCUGGCACCCAGAGUACAUGAAACCAACUGCAGAUUCAAGUCUUUGUUGACUUGCAGUGCCAUUUUUUUUUUUUUUUUUUUGUUA